AUGGGAUCACUUGUCAGCACCAAUAAGUAAAUGUAAUCGAUUGAAUAAUUAGAGGAGGAUAAUCAAAUUACAGCAAAUAAACCACAGGCUUUUUAAUAUUAUCCUAAACUUUAUUAACAAAACUAUGAUAAUCAGAUUAAUAACAACAUAGACAACAAUUAUCCUUGUUUUUUAUUUUUUGGAACAACUGAAAAGCCAGAUUAAUCUGAUGACAUGGAGGAUAGCAGAGAUAGAGGAGAUAGUUUAGAAACUCCUUGUUGGAAUAUUCCAUAAAGAAUUAAUAAUCCGGACAUUACUAGUAAUUCAACAAAUUAAAAAAUUCUUAAAAAAUCUUAAACUAAGUAAAAACAAGGAAGCAAUAUAAUAUAAAGAAUAAAUACAGAAAGGAUAUUUUGA